UGUCAAUCACAAUUCACAAAUUGAACUUAAGUUUGAAACACCAGACUAAAAUAAUACCGUCUGGUUCGAUAUUUUUAUUCAUUAUAAUUAUUAUUGUAAAAUAACUUAGUGUUAAGCAAGUGAGAAGUAAUAAAUAAUGCCUGAAAUCGAAAAACUAUCGCUCGAAGCGAUUUACACAUCGGAAAAGAGUGGGAAUGACGAAAGUGGCGAUGGAACACAAGAGAGUCCAUUUAAAACAAUUCUGCAGGCAAUGCGUCAUGCAGGAAAGGAGCCAUUUCCGACCAUUUACGUGGAUUCAAAAGAAGAGGGUAAAUUGUUCGACGUAGCGGCGAAAUCCCAAUUGAAGAAGAUUCAAAAGAUGUGGGUAAGGGAAAACUAUAAAGCUGCUGACAAGGCGAAGGCUGAAGACGAGUCCAAUGACAAACGGCAGCAGAACUUAGAAGAUGCUAAGAAAGUUGUUAUUAAGCAGGAUCCUAGCCUUCCUGUUGCAGAAUCAGUUAAGUUAUUUCAGACAAAGGAUCACAGAGGGAAAAGGAUACAAGUAUCUGGAUGGGUGCACAGGUUAAGGCGUCAGGGAAAAUCACUAGCAUUUAUCACAUUGCGUGAUGGUACAGGCUACCUACAAUGUGUGCUUCAUGGUGAACUUUGUCAGACUUAUGAUGCCCUGGUGUUAUCAACCGAAUCAUCUGUGGUCCUUUAUGGGAACUUGGAAGCGGUUCCAGAAGGAAAAACUGCACCAGGAGGCCAUGAAUUGACGGUAGACUACUGGGAACUAAUUGGUUUGGCCCCACCUGGAGGUGCUGAUGCUAUACUGAAUGAGGAAGCACAUCCAGAUGUCCAACUCGAUAACAGGCACAUAAUGAUUCGUGGCGAGAACACGUCGAAAGUACUACGCGCUCGUGCGGCCGUGACGCGAGCUUUCCGCGAACAUUUUAACGCCCGCAGCUACACAGAGGUGACUCCUCCCACACUCGUUCAGACUCAGUGUGAGGGUGGCAGUACUCUGUUCAAAUUUAGCUAUUUCGGAGAGCAAGCGUACCUUACACAGAGUUCACAGUUGUAUCUCGAGACUUGUCUUGCAACGUUGGGUGAUGUGUAUUGUAUAGCGCAGUCGUACCGCGCCGAACAGUCGCGAACUAGGAGACAUCUCGCUGAGUACAGCCACGUAGAAGCGGAGAUCCCCUUCAUCACGUUUGAGCAAUUGCUGGACAGGAUCGAGGAUCUGGUGGUGGAUGUGGUCGAUCGGGUGCUGGCUUCGCCCGAAGGGCAGUUGGUUUAUGAACUGAACCCAGACUUUAAGAAACCUACACGGCCAUUCAAGCGAAUGGCGUACACGGAGGCUUUGGAAUAUCUAAAAGAAAACAAUAUCACAAAAGACGAUGGAUCCUUCUAUGAGUUCGGCGAUGACAUACCGGAGAUGCCCGAACGUAAAAUGACAGAUGCAAUCGGGGUGCCGAUACUUCUAUGCAAGUUUCCAGCUGAAAUAAAGUCCUUCUAUAUGCCCCGAUGUGAAGAUGACAAACGCUUGACUGAGUCUGUGGAUGUGCUGAUGCCGGGAGUUGGUGAGAUUGUCGGUGGUUCUAUGAGGAUAUGGGACUAUGAACAAUUGAUGGAAGGUUACAAACGGGAAGGCAUCGACCCAACACCAUACUACUGGUACACUGACCAACGUAAAUUCGGAUCGGUACCACACGGUGGGUAUGGGCUGGGGCUAGAACGAUUCCUGUGCUGGCUGUUAGCCCGGCACCACAUCCGCGAUGUCUGUCUUUACCCCCGUUUCCUUGAGCGGUGCACGCCCUAAGUAUAUAACACCAUUAUUUAAGCUUUUUUCGGCCCCCUCAGUGUUAUUGCAAUUUACUCAAUUUAAUAAAAAAGUUAUUUUUUUAUCUAACAUAAGCUCAUGAUUUUUUAAGUUUUAAUUUUAAUAGAUUAAAAGGUAUCUUUGUCAUUGAUUUACAGUUUUAAUUAUUCGAUUCGAGCUCAUUAAAUAUAUUUCUGUGCAGUUUGUGUAAAGCGAAAAAAAAGUAAGUACUGUCCUUGCAAGAUUUGUUUCAUAUUAUAUAAAAAAAAUCAGAACAAAAAACUUUGAAGUUACAGAAAUAAUAAACGCAUUUAAUCUUAUCUUCAAAAUAUAAUCUUCAAUUAGCUAGAGUUUCCAUCUGUCAUAUGGAAAAGAUAUCAGACAGCAUAGUAGUAGAGGCAAAUACUUCAUAAUAUACUAUAUAACUAAUAUAUAUGCUUUGAAGUUGGAUGAUAUUUGUUGGAACUGUAUGCUGUAUUGUGCAUUGAUUUUUGUAUUGAGCAUUUAGGAAUCUUGCAUUUGGCAUUUUUUAAGUUACGAUGUGUUUAAUUAUAAACUUAAAAAGGGUAAAAUUCAGAGGGUCUAGUCUCUAGAAUGUCAUAAUUCAAUAAAUUUUAAUCAUCAUAUUACCCUUGGUUUUCUCCUCAGUGAGAUGUUUCAUACAUUUAUUUAUGUCAGACAUGUCUUAUGUUACAGUUAAAAUGAUAAAAUACUGAUUUAAGUUGUACUUAUGGUAGUUAUUUUUUAUCUGUUACGAAAUUUUACUUUAACGCCAUGCGAUACAAAUUGUUAUACGCAUUACAGAUAAAAUUAUUGAAAUUGUUGAAAAAAAAAAGUUAAAAAACUAAGUGUUUUGUGUUUAUUUAUGUACAGCAGGUGUAAAAUAAAGGCUUUGU